GAAAAAUUUCCCAAGAAGGCAAGCAAGGCAGGAGACACACAAACACAGACAGCCACUCACUGCCAACCACCACCAACCCACCAGCAUCAUCGCCAUGUCUGCGUCUGCAGUCUACAUCUUGGACAUCAAGGGCAAGGUCCUCAUCUCGCGCGACUACCGCGGAGACCUGCCAUGGAACUGCAUUGACAAGUUCCUGCCACUGGUGAUGGAGGCUGAGGAAGAAAGCAACCCAACACCCAUCGUGCAGGCCGAAGACGUCACGUUCAUGUACAUCAAGCAUGAGAACCUGUAUGUUGUGGCCACGAGCAAGAAGAACGCAAACGCGGCUCUCGUCUUCGUCUUCCUCCACAAGCUGGUCGAGGUGUUCACGGCGUACUUCAAGGUGCUGGAGGAAGAGAGCAUCCGUGACAAUUUUGUCAUCAUCUACGAGCUGCUUGAUGAGCUCAUGGACUUUGGCUACCCGCAGUACACAGAGGCGCAGAUCCUCAAGGAGUACAUCACGCAGACCGGGCGAAAGUUGGAGGUGGCGGCCCCCAAACCGCCCAUCGCCGUCACAAACGCCGUCUCGUGGCGAUCAGAGGGCAUCAAGCACCGCAAGAAUGAGGUGUUCCUGGAUGUCGUCGAGUCGGUCAACCUGCUCGUCAGCGCACGCGGUCAUGUCCUCCACAGCGACAUUGUCGGCUCCGUCCAGAUGCGCGUCUACCUCUCAGGCAUGCCUGAGCUGCGCCUUGGUCUCAACGACAAGAUUCUGUUUGAGUCGUCUGGGCGGCGCAAGGGCAAGGCCGUGGAGUUGGAGGACGUCAAGUUCCACCAGUGCGUCCGCCUCUCCCGCUUUGAAAACGACAGAACAAUCAGCUUCAUUCCGCCAGAUGGCGAAUUUGAGCUCAUGUCAUAUCGCCUCAGCCAGAAUGUGAAGCCGCUCAUCUGGAUUGAGCCCGUGAUUGAGCGCCACUCCCACAGCCGCGUCGAAUACCUCAUCAAGGUCUGUCUCCGUCUGCUUUGCCGUGUGUGUGUGUGCGUGUGGGUUGUGUCGACUGGCAGCUGCAAGUACUCGCCUGAGACCAGCAGCAUUGUGUGGACCAUCAAGCAGUUUCCUGGCGGUCACGAGUUCUUCAUGCGCGCGCACUUCAACCUGCCCAGUGUGGAGAGCGAAGAAGUUGAGCAGCGCCCGCCGAUUCAAGUGCAGUUUGAAAUCCCGUACUUUACAACAUCCGGUGUUCAGGUUCGGUAUCUGAAGGUUGUGGAGAAGAGCGGCUACCAGGCGCUGCCGUGGGUGCGCUACAUCACAAAGAACGGGGACUACCAAGUCCGAACCAUGUAA